UUUUUCUCGCCAGUUCACUCACCACAUGACAGAGCGUAGUGGUCGGCUGCGGCCAAAGAGUGUUGUUCUAUGCAAAACAAUAGAUUAAUUUCUCACAAGUGAAUGAAACAGGUGUGCAAUGCUGUGUCACUAAUUUUGCAGUGACUGUCUUCAAACUAAUGCAAACUUUUAUUGAAGUGUUUUAAGAAUUUAACGUAGUUUUUCCGUUAAAUUAAUUUCGGAAGUGUGACAAAGUAGAAACUUUCUCGUGUUAUCAAAUUUUGCGGUGUUUUGUGUGAACAGCGGUGCUAAAAUGAGCUGUAUUUGCUGUUGCUGUUAGUGUUUCGCUGUAAUCCAUCAAGAUGACUACAGACAGGUUCCAUAAGGCGGCCAAAGACGGCCUGCUGGAGGUGCUGCGCGAGGCGACGCGCAAGGAAUGCAACAACAAGGACGAAUCCGGAAUGACGCCUACUCUCUGGGCCGCUUUCGAGGGCCACGUCGAGGCGCUGCGCCUGCUCUGCGGCCGAGGAGGUGAACCCGACAAAGCAGACUACUUCGGUAACACGGCCCUGCACCUCGCUUCAGCGCGGGGGCACAAGGAAUGCGUCACAUUCCUGGUAAACUUCGGGGCUAAUGUGUACACGAUGGACGUGGACGGCCACACAGCUCAGGAGCUGGCCGCUAUCAACGGGAGGGAUGAUAUAUUGCGGUUCCUGGAUCAGGCCACUGCUAAGUUGGAGAAUAAUGAUAAAAAAAAGGCGAAAUCCAUGAAAGAGAAAGCUAAGAAAGACCACGAAAAAUCUCAUAAACAAUACCAAAAGCGACAGAGCAAAGCUGAGAUUAUGGCUGAAAAAGAAUUAAAGAAGCUAGCAAAGGAGUGGGACCAGGGGUACAACGAGGAUGUGUCCACGAUGCCCCACAGGCCUAGCACCGUGCUCAUGGCUCUGAAGCAGAAGAUGACCAGGUCCACAAGCCAGGGUAACUUACUCGCUGACGAGCAGCCUCGACCAACAUAUAGUGCUUUAGUUGGAACAGUAAACUCGGGCGCCCGCGGGCGCGGCGCCGUCUACAAGAAGGCUUUAGCUAGCAAAAUGAAGAACGGCACAGUGGGUCGUGCUGGGCCGACUGAUGAUUUCAAGGUUGGCGAGGUGGAGCACGGCGGCCGGCGGUCCGUGACGUCACUGAGCGGCGUGAGACGCGACUCUGAGGUCAUGUACGUGGGUACCUUCGGCGCCGGCCCUCAGGCUCGCGGCGAACUCAACAACGUGUUCAAACAACAGCAAGCACCGACGGAGCGACAGCCACUCACUAGAUCGCUGAGCCAGCCUGAUUUCACGGCAGCACAAGGCGAGGACAGCGGAAUUGGACAAGAGGUGCUACUACAGGAACCCGCCAGUAUAUUCGACCGGCCUGGUUUCGGGAGCGUCGCAUUCCGACGAUCAAUAACAGCAACGCUGGGGGCACUGCCCGCGGGCGGUGCACCAGGCGAAGACAUGUCCAUCGGCUCCGCGGGCUCGCUGGCGGCGCGCCACGCCUACCAGCCCGCUGAAUGGAACUCCGCGCAAUCGGAGAGCUCAACAAUAACGUCCGACGAAGAAGGCGAGGCAGACGACUCGGGCUACGCAUCUCUCGAGCGCUUCCUCACGGCAUGGGGCCUCGCUCAAUACGUUCAGAAGUUCAAAGACGAGCAGAUCGACCUGGACGCCCUAAUGCUGUUGACGGAGAGCGACAUGAAGUCGCUGGGCCUCCCACUCGGACCUUAUAGGAAACUGGUCACUGCUGUGCAGGAGAGAAAACAGGCGUUGAGCAAUCCGGGGGUUAUUAUUGAUUCUGCUAUAUAAGCUUGCAAUGCUGAGUAAAGUGAGUAUAGCCAACGUUACACUCUAACAAUUGAUGCGUCUGUCUUGGAUAUUUUUGUAUUCACAAGUUUACCAAGUUGAGAUUCGCGAAGAUGCCGUAAUUCUCAUAAGGACAAGAUAAAGUAUUUAUUGCUAUUAUCUGAAUUAAUACUGCUUUAUUCUGUUUUUAUUAAGUAGCAUACGCGAUCAUUACAGGUCCUCGAGGUAUACACAUUCAUCCUAUUGUAUAUAUAAUCAUACUAUUGAGAUUUUCAAAAAUUAAUGCCACUGCCAGUUGCCUAGUCAACUUUAAAAAGAACCAUAUCGUUGACUUUUGAAAUUAUUUUUUGUAUUUUUGCACCUUUUUCGUGUUUCAUGCGUAGAUGCUUUCCAUUUUUUGUACUAGUGUUUAAUGAAAUAGGUAUACAUUAAAAUAUUUAUCAGUACGGUUUUUACUCACUAUUAUUUUUAGUCGCUUUUGGCGACAUGUUUCGGAUUCUUUGGGAAUCCAUCCUCAGGCACGAGUGUCCGCGGCGGUUGUACGUCAUGCACUGCCCGCACAAACAACAAACAACAACAACACAAACAUGAAACAUGUCGCCAAAAGCGACUAAAAAUAAUAGUGAGUAAAAACCGUACUGAUAAAUAUUUUGAAAUAUGUCUCACGAUAGUUUAAGUGCGAAAUAUACAUUAUAAAUAUUAGAUGUAUAUAAUUAAGUGUCACAAUCAUUACCGCUUUUACAUCGUGGCUUUUAGGUACCUAUUUAUUGCAACAACAUACUAUUUUGCGCUAUUUCUAACGGCGAUAUUUAUGUUAUUGUAUGAAGUCGUGGUACUGAUUGAGAUUUUCUAAUGAAAAGUAUUUCUAAAAUGUGAUAACAAACCACAAUAAUCGUGUCAAGUCUAAUGACAAUUUACCCAUGUGUCGCCAUAAAAUAUUUUUGUACAUUUUUUUAAAUAUAUUUUUAUACGAUC